AUGGCGCUGCUCGGCCAGACCCCUGAGACGGCGCUCAGCGCGCUGGCGUGCAGCAUAGAGUUCUACAGGCGGCAGCAGGCCCUCGCGGAGGAGGUGCGCGAGAGGGCAUGCGCCAAGCGGGAGAUGGCGAGCGAGAAGAAGAUGGUGAAGCUCAGGGCCCACUGCGAGGCGCAGCUGGGCAAGAUCCACAAGGCCUACAAGGCGGCGAAGCACAAGUGUGAGCUACUGGACCAGGAGCUGAGGGAGAUGGCCACCAAGUACGAACACAAGUCCAAGCAGACGCGCCACCUGCAGGAGAUGGUCGGGCAGCUGCAGCAGCAGCAGCAGCGGCAGCAGCAGCAUGAUGGUGGCAUGCGCGGCCACAUGACGGGGGGCGGUGGCGGUGGCGGUGGGCCCACGCGCAUGUCACCUAUGGGCCUUGCUGGCGGCGGCGGCUUGCACCACCAGCAGCACAUGGUCACGACUGUGCGCCGCACGGCGGUGAUCGACAUGAGCCCCAACACUGGCAACAUCUUGGGCGGCGCGUUCCAACAGAGCAACAUGGCCCUCCGUGGCCCCUCACCGGGCGGGCGAGGCGUUGGCGGGGGUGGGGGCGGGGGCAACGGGAUGAACAUAGGCCAGACCAGCCGCGGCGCCAACAACGGGCUGCUGGGGAACCUGCUUCAUGGCGGCGCGGCGCUGGCCCCUGAGUCGCCCGCGGGCUUUGGUGCCCUGACCAGAGGGGGCGGCGGUGGCGGUGGUGUAUUUGAUCAGCUACCCCGAGGCGUGUCAUCUGCGGACCGGCUCGGCGGCCGCGGCGGCGUGCACGGCGGCGGCAGCAGCAUGGGCGGUGCGGCGGCAGCGCUCAACUCCCUGCUGGCCCAGGGCGGCGGGGCGGGCAACGGCGUCGUGCGGCACAGCGGUGGGGCCGCAAAUGGACGACUGUUCGGCAGCGGUGCGCUUGGGCGCAGCGGCGGCGGCGGUUUCAACCUAAGUGAGUAA